AUGCCACCACGCAUACCAGGCCCGUCGACGGUAUCAUCCGCCUUGACCCGAUGUGCAGUCCCAUCGGCCUCAAGUCGAUGUCACCCGCAGCCAUGUCCCCCUCCCCAGAGUAAAGCUAGCUUCUCAACCACUCCAAGCCGGCCGCGCUUCACCAAGAUCCGCCGUGUCUUCAGAACUUGGAUCAAUGGCCAAGGCUCCACUUUCCGUAAACACAGGCCCGGCGGCACCAAUUAUCUCCAGAGUUCUGGGGGUGACGAGCGGAAUGUCGAUCGUCCUUUUCCCCUAAACCCCCACUUCAAAAGCCAGUCCGUCUUAGAUGACCGAGCAAGAGAAAUAAUAUGGGGGAAGGUGAUGAAGGGAGGAGAGACCAUAAAAGCCGUUUCUGCCGAACUAGGUGUCGAUAUUAGAAGAGUAGCUGCUGUAGUGAGGCUAAAGGAAGUCGAGAAGGACUGGUUAUCCAAGGGAAAGAAGUUGGCAAAACCAUAUGCCAGAGCUGUGCUAGGCAUGUUACCUACGCAUAGCUUCAAAAUAAACCAACGGAACGAGCCGUUUGAACCCAUUAAUGAGCUACACGUACAUCCGUAUACCACAAAGCAGAUAUUCUGGCCGACGUCCGAAUCGCGUCACUUCACACGUGCCGACGCAGCCAAAGCCUUCCACCCAAAGCUGCUGCCGGCGGACCGGCGUGUUCCCCAUCCGGAAUUAAUCCAGAUGGAGAAGGAUAUUCUUCAGGGUCGGCCACCGUGGGACGCCUCGGAAAGAUUUAAGCAGGCCGCGAUGGAUUCGGAAAGGAAGGCUGCCGACAAAGAGCUCGCAAAGGCUCUUUUGGAGGAGAAAUAUACUACCCGAGUACGCUCGAAUCGCUUCGAGUUCCGCUUCAAGCAGAUCAACUCGGAGAACGUCGGUGCUAAGGGCAGGGCACGGAACGCUGUCGGCUGGAGGUACGGUGCGCCGUACUACGACCGUGCCAAGGGCGAAAUCAAGAUUCCUACCUCAGUACCUUGA